AUGAGCAAUCAAAAGAAUUUAUCUAAAAAAUUUACAGUUGUUUAAAGUAAAAAAAGCUAAAGAAAUUUAUCAGCAUCCUCAAAAUAAAUAGAAGGUUUAAGAAUUACUCAAGAUGAAGAUAACAAUAACGUUAAUCUCAAUUAAAAAUCACUGCACGAAGCUCUUAUUUAUGAGUAUCUGUCUAAAACCAAAAUGGAGGGAAUAUUAUUAAAUGCUUUAAAAUCAACGAUUAAAGACGAUCUAAUCCCAAAAAAUCCAUAUUGCAGCAUGAGUAGAUCUUUGAUUGCUUCCAACUUAAAAAGCGAUUUAGUUGCUAAUUUUGAAAAUUUAGCUAAGCUGUUCAGAAAAAACCCAGUGGCUAAAGAAGGACCAUAUAAAUUGACAUCUGUGAGCUUUUAAAAUACAACCAAAAUAUAUGGUUUGAAACAUAUUCUAGAGCUCAUAGAUAUGCCAAGAUUUUCAUUAUUUUUUGAUGCGAUAGAUGACUUACUACCAGACUAUAAAAUAGAUAGCAAUAAUGUUGUUAUAAAUAUAUCUAAUAGCAUUAGUGGAGGACUUAUCUUUAAAAGCGAGUUAUUUCCUUAUGCAAGUUCUCAUUCAAAAGAUUUGGAGAUCUUUUGUGAAGUUUUCAUCACUUGUGGAUCAGUAGAACAAGCUAUAGAUUCCUAUGCAAAAUUCAUUUUGUAAGAUAUAAUAAGCAUUUGUGAUUAGUAGAAUUAACAUAUCAUCAAAGAGUUUGUAUUCUAUUCUUAUAAUUAAGAGGCCUCUAAGAAAUAUGAAAAAAAGGGUUGGGAAAUUUAAGACAUCAUCACUGACUAAAACUCAUUUAUGUCUGAUAUUAAGAGAUAUGUCUAAAACCAAUAAUAAAUAUAUUUCAAAGGAUAUAUGAAAGUUAUAAGAUUUGAAGAUGGAGAUCGUUUACAGGGAGACGAGUAAGACAACACUAGUGCAUAUCUCUCAAGGCCAGCCUCAAAUAGUAUGCUCGAGAGGCAUGGUGAAACAAGAGGAAGGAGGAAUAAUACCUCUUUGAAUAAAAAUUUAUACCAGUACAUAGAAGUUUACAAAAGUUACAAUUUGCAUUUCACAAAAAACUAAUUUAAUAAGCAGGAAAUAUUUAGCUUCGGUGCUUAACCUCUAGGUAGUUUACUUAAAGGUGUUUUUGUUAGUUAGGAAGCUUGUGUCGAUUAUGCAAAAUUCUUCUAUCAACCUACACAAAGCUAUUUUAAUUCAAAGGAUUUUGGUAAAUUUGUUGAUAGCUAGCUUCGUUUAGUUUACAAAUAUUGGUAAGAUCAAAAUAUUAUGGCUUGUAGUUGGGAAUUACUUUAUAUGGCUUUAGCAGUGCAAGAUGAUGAUUUAAGAAGAAAUUUGGUUGAUAGCAUAAUUUAGAUUUUGAGUUCGGAUUUAUCUGGUCUUGUUGCUCUCUCUAAGUCAAACUAGAUAAUUAGAGCAAUCAUGGAACUUUAUAAUGAUACAUCAACUAACAACCUCAAAUCUAUUAUAAUUUCAUCUUAUAAAGUAUAUAAAUAGAAACUGCUUUCUAUCUAUGCCAAAGCUUCAAAUAGUGAUAUUCUGAGAAAUAGAGAAUUUGUUUAUUUAUUGUUUAAGGAAAUAGAAGAUGAGCAUGGAGAAAUGAAUUUCUCAAAGAAAACAACGCUUGUAUUGAAAACUCUACACACAGUAACAAAAUACACUGGCUAAGGAAAUCUCCAACAAGUUGGAUCUCUAGUUAAAAAUGUACCUGAUUACAUCAACUAAACACUGAAAAAAAGAAAGUUUAUAAGUGAGAACGAAGACACGUUUAUAACUUAUGAUUAGUUUUUGGAAAAAAAGUAAAUUUACAAAGUGCUUGAUGUUAAAUCUGAUGUCCUAGAAUUUAAAAGAUCAGCACAAGGAAGAGAUUUAUAAACAUAAGAUAUUGAAGAUAAGCUAAUAUUAACUUAUUUUGAUAAAUAUGAUGUAUACGAUACUUUAUAUGUCAUCCUAAGAGAAAUAUUUUUUGGUCAACAAUUACCAAACCCUAUUCCUUCUGUUAUACUAAAAGUAGAAGCUAAGGCUUUAAAAUAUUAAAUUUUUGAAGUCAAAGGAACCAAAAUAGCUGAGACAGUUUUAAGAGAAUUUGAUGAAAGUGAUUAGGUAGAUUCUUCUGUAAUCAAGAAUGCAACACCAAAUGUGUAUUAAUAUAGAAGUUAGAAAAUGAGCUUAGAAAAAUUAAACCCAGUUUAUGGACUAAAAGAUGCUCUAGCUUAUACAGCAUUCGAUGAGAUGUCAAUGAGAUAUAAAUUUUUGAAAGGCUGGCUUGAUAUAUCCAAAACUCCUUUGAAAAGGAGAGUUCCAGAAGCCUAUCAACUUGAUAAUUUUAUCGCUGUUUCUACUUAUAAUCUAUUUUAACACUCAUAAAUCACAAAGAGACCUUAUAUCGAAUGGAAUUUUUGUUAAGAUAUUGUAAUUAGAGGCCCUAAUGAAAUUUAGGCUCAAAAUAUCUUCUAUGAUUUAUUGCUAACUUACGUAUUGUGGUUGAAUAAUGAAUCUAAUCUAGUUGUGAUAGGAUUUUUUACAGAAUCAGAAAGAAUAAAACCUGUACUUACUAUAGAAAACAUACUGAAAGAUUAAAAUAGUGAUGGAAUAAGAUUUUAAUUAGCCAAAAUAUUUGAUGAAGGUGAAAGAAUAUACUUGAAAUUUAUCACAGACUACGACUAAAGAUUCAAAGUAGUUGUUAUGAGUAUAAAUUUUAUCUUCCUGGGAGAAGGUAAUAUGGAACCAAAAAGUCUGUUAAAUACAGAUAACCCAGAUACCUACUUAAGAGUUUUCUUUGAGAAAGAUGCCAUUCUAAAGUGGUAUAAAAUAUUUGAAUACAAAGAUAAGUAUGUAAAAAAACUAAUUGUCAAAGAGUAGAAAAGACUUUUUUAUAUCGGUUCUUUAAAUAUGGCAAUGAAAUUAGAGCUUUGUAAAAUAUAUAUUAAUUACGAAUAGCCAAGAUACUUUAUAAGAGCCUUUAGAAUUCUUUAUUCCAUGACAGAAUAGCUUUUUAAUUUCAGCAAAGAAGCUGAAAACUUUAUUCUAAUUUUUUCAUAUAUUUUAUCAAAGUAACCAUCACAAAUAGGUUUUCCAAACCAGCAAAACCAAAAAAAGUAUAAUCUAGAAAACAUUAAAGCCUACUUCUAUGAAUGGAAUGAAUCUCUUAAGAAGCUUUUAUACAACUAUGAUAACAUUUAUUUUGAGAGUUUGAGCCCUACAGUAGUUAAUUAAUUGAAUAUUCUUGAAUUAGCUUUCGACUCAAAGAGUAAAAAAAUUAAAGACUACCAAAACCCACUAUUAAAAAUAGCAGGAAUCUGCUCUAUAAUGGCUGACUCAUUGAUAUUGACUCACAAAAAUCUUUUAUCUGAUGACUAUGAUUUUGAUAUUCUUUGGGGUUGA